CUGCGCAAAGGCCCCGGACUCCUAAGCUACUCCCCCUCAAGCCUUGGCGGCAGCGGCAGCUCGCACGCGCCGCCUGGGUCUCUUCGCUCCUGUGAGACGCCGGGCUCGGCCAUGAACCGGUGCGCUGAGGCGGCGGCGGUGGCGGCCUCGGGGCCCGGCGCGGGCGUCGGGAGCGCGGGGCUGCGGCCGCCCAUAGUGCCCCGCCAGUCGUCCUUCUUCCCGCCGCCCGUGCGCAACCCCUUCGUGCAGCAGACACGGCUGGGCGCGACGAGGCGCAUCCAGAUUUUCUUUCUUGGAAUUAUCCUGCUUCCAAUUCGUGCCCUGUUGCUUGCAUUAAUUUUAUUACUGGCGUGGCCAUUUACUGCAAUUUCAACAGCAUGCUGUCCUGAAAAGCUGACCCACCCAAUAACUGGUUGGAAGAGGAAAAUUACUCAGCCAGUCUUGAAGUUUCUAGGCCGUGCCAUGUUCUUUUCAAUGGGAUUUAUAGUUACCGUGAAAGGAAAGAUCGCAAGUCCUGUGGAAGCACCAAUUUUUGUUGUUGCCCCUCAUUCAACAUUCUUUGAUGGAAUUGCCUGUGUUGUGGCUGGGUUACCUUCUAUAGUAUCUCGAUAUGAGAAUGUGCAGGUGCCUCUGAUUGGCAGAAUAUUGCGGGCUCUGCAACCAGUGUUGGUGUCCCGUGUAGAUCCGGAUUCUCGAAAAAACACAAUAAAUGAAAUAAUAAGGCGGGCCACAUCAGGAGGGGAAUGGCCCCAGAUACUAGUUUUCCCAGAAGGUACUUGUACUAAUCGUUCCUGUUUGAUUACUUUUAAACCAGGGGCCUUCAUUCCAGGAGUUCCAGUGCAGCCAGUUCUCCUCAGAUACCCAAACAAGCUGGAUACUGUGACAUGGACAUGGCAAGGAUAUACAUUCAUUCAACUUUGUGUGCUCACUUGGUGCCAGCCCUUCACAAAGGUGGAAGUUGAGUUUAUGCCUGUUCAAAUACCAAAUGAUGAAGAAAAAAGUGAUCCUGUCCUUUUUGCCAGUAGAGUCCGGAAUUUAAUGGCAGAAGCUCUGAGAAUUCCAGUAACAGAUCACACCUAUGAAGACUGCAGAUUGAUGAUUUCAGCAGGACAGCUAACACUGCCUAUGGAAGCUGGGUUGGUGGAAUUUACCAAAAUCAGCCGGAAAUUGAAAUUAGAUUGGGAUGGGAUUCGUAAGCAUUUGGAUGAAUAUGCCGCUAUUGCAAGUUCCUGUAAAGGAGGAAGAAUUGGAAUUGAAGAAUUUGCGGAGUAUUUGAAGCUGCCUGUUUCAGAUGUCUUGAGACAACUUUUUGCACUCUUUGACAGGAACCAUGAUGGCAGUGUCGACUUCCGAGAGUAUGUAAUUGGCCUGGCUGUCCUGUGCAACCCUGCCAACACAGAGGAGAUCAUCCAGGUGGCAUUUAAGCUCUUUGAUGUUGACGAGGAUGGCUUCAUAACAGAGGAAGAGUUCGCCACCAUUCUGCAGGCUUCCCUUGGAGUGCCUGACCUUGAUGUUUCUGGUCUCUUCAAGGAAAUAGCCCAGGGGGAUUCUGUUUCAUAUGAGGAAUUUAAAAGUUUUGCCCUAAAGCAUCCAGAAUAUGCUAAGAUAUUUACAACCUACUUAGACCUCCAGACGUGCCAUGUGUUUUCAUUACCAGAAGAAGUCCAAGCAACUCCCUCAGUCGUAAGUAAUAAAGUCAGCCCUGAAAGUCAUGAAGAGAGUACCUCAGACAAAAAGGACGACUGAAAGCAAACAUUCUUAAUAAGGAAAAUGCGGUGGCUUUUACUUGAAAUUUCAAAGGCAUUUAUUGAUAGUAUUUUAUUUGUGAUUGAGUAAUGAUGUUUAAAAUAGAAAGCUUUUUUAUAAAAAAAAGAUAGAUUUUCUUAUUGAAAUACUUCUAUUCACAUGUGUUUAUCAAGUAAUAUUCAUUUUCUUUUACAUUAUGUUUUGCUAUACUGAUGGGCUUAUUGGCGAUAAAGAUGUUUUUAUGGAUUUUCCAGGUUAAUUUGCAUAUCCAAAUGAAUGAAAUGGUCUCCCUUAUUUACUGAUGAGCAUUAAUCAACGCUGCAAAAAGUUUUAAAAUUAUAAAUAAUUUUUCGUCUACUUUCCUCUAAAGAAAUAAGGUUAGCUUUAAUCCCUUCCCAUUCUAGAAAUAAGAAUGAAGAGUCUGAGGAACGUUGCAGAAUUUUAUACCUUUAACUUCACAGAUUCAUUUUUUCCAUUUGCAUUUCAGUUUCUUGGAUUACUGAACAUGGGGGGGAUUGGAAGGGAGAGCUCCGCUAAUUAGAUGAGACUUCUUAAAAACUCAUAUUCUCUUGACCAUGCAUCCCUAUUGUAGAUUUCCUUAACCACCUGCUAAGGAGAUCAUAACCUUUUGCAUGAUCUACAGAUUUAGAACUUUGUUUUAAAGACAACAGCUAUGGCCAAAGGCUAUGUGGGAAUUGCCUUAUUGAAGGUAACAUUAACUGCCUAAUGAGAAAAAUUGUUUGCCACAGAGUUUAGUUUAAUUUGAGUUGGGUAGUUUAGAAUGUAGCCCUUGCCCAGUAAAUGAAUCAGAUGUACUUUAUUUAUAUAUUAUUAGAAUUAAUAUAUUUUAUCAUCUAAAUGGGAGUUUUAUUUUAUUAAGUGUCCUCUCAAAUUUUAGAGCUUGCCUGAAAUAUUUACAGGGAAAAUACGAAAGGUUCCAAAUUAUCACCAAAAGCUAAGGAAUCCAAAAACCUACUUUAUUAAUGCAAGACCACAAUUUAACCCCCAGGCAAGAAUUUAACAGUGAUAUUUUUUUCCUUUAGGUUAAGCAAUAAUUUCCCUCAAGUGCCAUUUUAUUAUAUGUCAUGCAUGCUUACUAAAAAGUUUCAUCCUUAAGUAUGAAGGAUGAAACAGUAUGUUUGUUUGCUUUUUACAUAUCUGAAGCUAUUUAGACAAAGCAUUGAAUAAGCUGAAAACAAUUUCUUAAGUAAUUAGGAAAGUACAUCUUUAUAAUAUUGGUUGUCAUAUGCAAUUGAAUGUAUGUAUUACUCAGGUACCAUGAUUUUUAUCAUAGAAAACCCACAUAUUAAUCCCAUUAAUCAUGAAAAAGUAGCAUUUUAAAUUACAAGCUUUCUGUGAGGCUCUUGAAAGUGAUCCCAUUGUUUUCCUGUUUUAAAGUAAUAUUUUAUGUUCUUUAAGUCCACUUCUGCCAAUGUAAUAUGCCUAUUUUAUUAUGUUACUGAACAAACUUGCUACAUAA